AUGAAGUCCUACAGCAUCCUUAGCAUCGCCGCCCUCGUCGCGGCCGUCGCAGCCCAAGAGCUGACCGAAUGCGCUGACGCUUGUAUCCGGGAGGCCAUCGCUGCCGGUCGCGAGGAAGGCUGCCGCAACGCGCGCGACCUCGAGUGCCUCUGCGCUAGCGGAGCCGCGGGCGAUACUCUGAGGGAUUGCGGCUACUCCAAGUGCGAGGCCGAGGAUAUCGACUCCAUCCUCGCCUACGUCGUAGGACUCUGCGAGGAGGCCGGUGUCCCCAUCACCCAUAAGACUGACCGUCCCGAGGCUACUCCGGCCCCUACCGCUACGGGAGAACCUGAAGCCCCCGCCGAGCCGACUGAGGCUCCCGAGGAGGAAGCUCCUGAAGAGGAAGCCCCUGAGGAAGAGGCUCCUGAGGAAGAAGCUCCCGAGGAAGAAGCCCCCGAGGAAGAAGCUCCCGAGGAAGAGGCCCCUGAAGAGGAGGAGGCUCCCGAGGAGGAAGCCCCUGAAGAGGAAGCUCCUGAAGAGGAGGAGGCCCCUGAAGAGGAAGAGGAAGAGGAAGAGGAGCCUCCUAGGAAGAAGUCCCCGGUGGCCGUCCCGUAA